AUGUUUACACGUCCUUCUCUUGUUUCAAUUCUUGAUUUGGGUCCGAUAGAUGCAUGUAUUCAAUUAAGUAGUCAAUUUCCUCGUAUGACUGUACAGGAACUUCAUGGUGAAUUACCUUAUGUAAUUCGUCGUAUAUUUGGUUUUGGUCGUUUUGAUUGGUCAUUACGUGAUAUAGGUAAUGAUCGUCCAAAUUUAUUUUCAAUAGUUCAAGAAUUUUUAUCACCAUGGCAUGGUGAAUUAUGGAAAGCAAUAGUUCGUUUACAAGAUCAUACACCACAAUUUACAUUUCAAUUUAGUAUAAGUGAUUUACCAAUACAUUUACGUGCUAAACUUGCAUCAUUAUGUUUACCGGAUAUUGUUCGUGGACGAACAACAACAACUGGACAACAUUUAACAUCAUUAGCACUUGAUCCAAUUGAAUAUUUUCUCUUUCAUCUACUUUCAUAUGUUGUUUCUGAUCAGCAUUCAACAGAACGACCAAUGCGUAGUGAUUCAGUCUAUUUGAAUAUUCUUGAAAUGUAUCUAUGUCUUUUUCUACCGAUUGAUGCUGAUGAAUUUCGUUUACUUCUUAUGCCAACAAAUAAUAAUAAUACAAAUUCAAAUACUCUUACAACAUCACAUAUAGUUGAUCCACGUUUAUCACCACCUGUAUCUGUUGAAACAAUACCAAAAAAAAGUCCAAUUCGACAAUCAUAUUUAUUUGGAAGUAGUUUAAAACAACGUGGAGAGGGAGAAGGAACGAAUAUGAAUAUGAGUACAUCACCAACAUCAUCCUUACUUCCAUCAUCUCCUCCUGUAGUUUUAUCAACAACAACAGCUGAUACAAAUGAAUUAAUGAAGAAAAUUGAUUAUUUUAUUAAAUGUUAUGUCGCCUUUUUAAUUGAUGUAUUUCAACCAUCAAAAUCAGUAUUUGGUACUAAUAGUGGUUCAAUUCUUGUUCAAGAAUUUAAUUUACCAGAUGUUCAUUUACUUUGUAUUCGUAUGUUUAUUAAACGACUUCAUUUAUUUUGUUCAUAUCAAAUUGGUAUUGGUGGUAAUAAUACUUCUCUUGCUAAUACAGGCAUGACAUUACUUGAACAACGUAAUCUUCUUGUACCAUUACAAACACUUAAAAGGACAUGUAUUGAUACAUAUGUUCGUCAACCACUUUAUACUCUUCUUCAAAUUGGUAUUGUUCGAUGUCCACUUGAUCAACGUUAUAAUACACUUCUAUUUGUUUGGUAUACAUAUAUACGUCCAUGGCGAUUUAGUCCUCAAACAAUAUCGAAUGAUCAUAAAGCAACAAGUCUACUUGAUACAACAACAAAUGAUCAAGAUGUAUCAUCACAAGAUCAAUCAAUUAUAAAUACUGAAACAAUAAAUUUUGUUGAACAUAAUCUUCCUUUUUAUGGUCGUCUUUUUCAAUUUGCUGUUGAUCGUUUACAAAAAACAGAUUUAACAAAUGGACUUAUUGCACAACUUAUCACAAAAUUAGCUAAUGUAUUUUCAUCGAAAAAUUUCUCUUCAUUACUUCUUAAAGCGGAACAAGUUGCAAUGUUUUCACAGUCUUCAUCUUAUUCUCCUAAUAAACAACGUAUUUCACCUCCAUCAUCACCGAAUGGUCCACGACCGGCUUAUUCAAUAUUAUGUGAUGAAACUCGUACAAUCAUGUUAGGUUGUUUACGUAAAAUUUCAUGUGUUAUACAAAAAAAUGAACGUCGUAUUGAAGAAAAUAAUC